AGCAAGGCGGUUUAAAAUAAUAUAAAGUUGAUGAUAAAAAUGUGCGAAUGAAAGUUCCCACCGGACCAAAAAAACUAAAGAAUUAAGGUAACGGGAAAAAAACAGCGAUGCAAUUUCCGUUUAAGCCCUUUCACCUGUAAAAUAAAUACUACACUGGAACAUUGUUGUGUUUCAGUUGCGGCCUAUAAAAUAGGAGGAUUUAAAGUGUGGUUUUAAUUUUGUAAGUUGGUAAGUGUAAGUAAGUUUGCUUAUAUUGACACACAACUUCACAGUAAAAAAAAGUGUAAAAUACAUCUAGGCGAGUAAAAACACCAUAUAAAAAGUGCUCAAAUUAUUUUAAUUAAUUUGUUACAUGACGUGCGCUGUACUUUUCUGAUGUGAAGUUUUAGUAUUACUUGUAUAUUUUGAGUUUGCAAACAAAAUAUUUUUAAAAGUUUUGAUUCUGUUUUGAAAUGUCUUUAGGAAAUGGCAGUUUUAUUCUGGAAAUCACCGACCGGAAGUUUUCUGUGUUGUUGCGGCUGGCUGUGACAAGCGGAGGGAAGCUAGCACAACUCUGUUUAACAAGGCUCUUUAAGGAUUUAAAGAUUUAAGGCUGAUAACGGAGUGUGGAAAUUAGUAAAUGUGUCUGUUAAGUCUGAUUCGUACCCGCUUGUCUUCGCACUCCGAUUGAAGACAAUGAGCGACUGUUUAUUGAUGCGGGGCUAGCUGGCUAGCACGCUAGCUAACGUUACUUGUAAUGUAACGUUGGCGUUGAAUGGUUAAAGCUGAGUUAAUAAAAAUAACAUUAGAGGAGACGAAAGAAACUAUCAAGCAAAGCAACAAGCGGCCAGUUUAACCGCUACAGAGCAAAACAACAUCAGUAUAUGACAGUUAAUUACGGUAAACGAAGCGUUUUGCGUGUUAUGUAACAGUAUAAAUCUCCGUCGUCAGUGUUUAUCCGCCCGUCACUUCACCAUCAUCAUGCCUUUCUUGUUCCUGGAGCGGUUCCCGUGGCCCAGUUUACAGACCUACACGGCGCUGAGUGUUGCCCUGCUGGCCGGGACCGCCCUGACCGUCUACUCGGGAGUCGGAGACUCCCGCUCUCAGUUUAUGUCGGAGGACACCCACAGUCACCCGGCCCACAGCUCCAGGAUCAGCCGCUACAUCAGGGAGGGUGGACAGUACCUGAGUGCAGGGUAUGGGGACGUGGCUGCAGAUGUCCUGCUGUACCUGCUGACUGACAGUGUCUUUGUUUGGGUGAUGGUAAACACCGCCUGCUGUGUCUUGCUGUUGAUCGCUAAACUGAUCCAGUGUGUUGUGUUCGGGCCUCUCCGUGUCAGUGAAAAACAGCAACUGAAGGACAAGUUCUGGAACUUUAUCUUCUACAAGUUCAUCUUCGUGUUCGGGGUCCUGAACGUCCAGACGGUGGAGGAGGUGGUGAUGUGGUGGCUCUGGUUCGCUGUGCUGGUCUUCCUCCAUCUCCUGGUUCAGCUCUGCAAGGACCGCUUUGAAUAUCUGUCCUUCUCUCCAGCCACUCCACUGUCCAGCCAUGCGCGGGUGCUGCUGCUGUUGGUGGUGCUGCUGUCGUGCUGUGGUGGUCUGGCUACGCUUUGCAGCCGCCUGGCUCGCAGUCAGGGCCGCCACACGGCCGCGUUCAUGGCUGCUGAGUGUAUGUUGGUGACUGUGAAGACCACGCACGUGAUGUUUCGGUAUUCCAUUCACCUGUGGGACAUGAAUCAGGAGGGCAGCUGGGAGAAUAAAUCCUCCUACAUUUACUACACCGACCUGCUGAUGGUGCUGCUCUUACUGGGCCUUGACCUGCUGCAUCACAUCCACAUGCUGCUCUUCAGUAACAUCUGGCUGUCCAUGGCGAGUCUGGUCAUCUUCAUGCAGCUUCGUUUCCUUGUUCAGGAGGUUCAGAAGAGAAUCCGCCGCCACCACAACUACCUGCGAGUGCUCCGCAACAUGGAGACCAGGUUUUCUGUAGCGUCUGCCGAGGAACUGGCUGCCAAUAACGAUGACUGUGCCAUCUGCUGGGACGCGAUGAGUUCAGCUCGGAAACUGCCCUGUGGUCACCUGUUCCACAGCUCAUGUCUGCGCUCCUGGCUCGAGCAGGACACGUCAUGUCCGACAUGCCGGAUGUCCCUGAACAUCGGAGAAGAGGGGGAGGGUCAUGCGGAGAGGGAGACCAGGGAAGCCGUCCCCGACAACAUGGCUGCCGGACCCGGAGCCGACGCUCGGCCGCACCUCAACCAGCUAAACCACUUCUUCCACUUCGAUGGUUCCCGUAUUGCCAGCUGGUUGCCAAGUUUCUCAGUGGAAGUUAUGGCCACAACCAACUUUUUGGGUAUUGCACCGACCAACCCAUCUCAGAUCAACACCAUGGCUCAGCAGGUCCAGGAGAUGUUUCCUCAGGUUCCCCUCCAGCUGAUCCUGCAGGAUCUGGAGAUCACUCAAUCCUUGGAGGUCACGACUGACAACAUCCUGGAGGGACGUAUCCAGACCGCUGCCCCACCACUGGCCGUGGAGCAGCCGGUCAUACAGGUGACUCCUCCACCUGAGGAUGAGGGCGGAGCCAGCAGCGAGUCAGAGCUGGAGGAGGAGGAGGAGGAGGAUGAGGAUGAUGAUGAUGAGACAGAGGGCAUGGAAGAAGAUGAAGAUGUGGCGGAGGAAGACGAUGAGGUGGUGGAGGAGCACAUUGCUGUGGAGGAUCAGAUGGACAAAGACGAGCAGAAGGUGGAGGUUCGGUUUUGUUGGUCAGCGGAGGAACGACAGAAGCUGCUGCUGCAGAGGAAGCAGGAGCUGCUGCAGAGAGCUCGCAGGGCGUAUCUGACCAGGAACACCAGGUCCAGCAAAGGAAACCCAGACGCCUUGGACAGCGACGCUUUGGCCUCCGAUCCCAUGAACCUGCAACGAGAAACGUUAGCGGCAGCAGCAGAACGACGGCUGCAGAGGCUGUCUGACUUCACCCACUGAGCGCUGACAGGUAUCUACUGAACCUAAAGGCUGAUGUUCAGACCAUCAUCCAGUAGCAAGCUCAGAGGAUCAGUUGCACGUUUUACAGGUUUUAAUCACAUCUGCACGUCUCAGUGUUUUUUUCUACCUGGAAAAGUGUCAGAUUUCAGGAGUAAACUCUCGAGUCCAGUUUUAAUCUGUAGCUUCACGUAGCAUCCGUUCCUGUGGUUAAAGGACUGUUUUAGUUACGGUGCCCGUCUGCUUCUCCCUGCUGAUCCACAGUGGAUCAUACAGAUCAUGUAGCAGAUGAACCAGUGAGCAGGAGCACAGAUGUGGGUUGUAGGUUUGUGAGGUCUGUAGACUGGACCAACAGACAGAGACUAAACAGUUAGGUACAGACUCGAUCCGUCUGUCGCAGCAAGACAUCGAAUAUUAUCAUUAAGUGCUUCUCAAGAGUCUUAGUUUUUUUUGCUUAUUCUUUCUGUUCUUUAUAAUAAAUCUUGACUGUGCUAAUUUUAGACUGAAUUUUGUUUUGGCAUCUUUGACAUCUGCUCAGGACGUUUGUCUUCCUGCAGGUGUUUUAAUGUUUUUGUUGAUGUUCAUUUUAUUUAUGAUCCUAGAAGAAAAGCACUGAAAUGAUAAAACAAAGCAAACUAUUUAUUUUAGUGUCAUAAACUAUUUUACAGUAUUAAACGGUGUAAGUAAUUUUAUUUGUACGUUAGAGUUUCUGUUCUGUUACUGCACCGAAGUUCACAUCGUUUCUCUUUAUAUUUUUAUUUAUUUUCUCAUCAACAUUUACAAAAUUUAAGAGAGUUUUGAAAGACAGAGACUUAAAUGGAGAAAACAGUAUAUGAUGUAAUCUAAUCACUGUUAAUGGAAAUUUACCUCCUCAGUAUUCAUUCAGAAAUGCUGUUCACCUUAAGAUUUUAAGGUGGACUUUCCCCUUCAUCUGCCAUCAUUAUUACAUAGUCUUAAGAUCAUAGCAGCAAUAAUAAAUUUUAUUUAACAUUUUAAUGUUUGUUUUUAAAGACUGAUAAACAGUCGAACAGUUUAAUGAUUUUAAUGUUAAACGAUUUGUUAGUUGUCUGGUUGUUAGUUUUUACUUUUUGGUUACAUUGGCUUUAUUUUGUUACGUUCACGCUGCAUUUCUUGUUUCUGUAUCUGUUCAUACUUUAUGCUUUUGUUUAAAGGGUUUAUUGCUUUUUUUGUUGUUUUUUGCACGUUGGCACCUUCAGACUUCCUGUUUACAGACUUUUACAGAAAUAAAGUGUUGGACUGAAAUUUUGUACAGAGAUAUAAACAUAUAAAGACUUUUUGUAAAUAAAUGAAAACAAUGUCAUACAGUUCGAGUGUAGGAGCUUAAAUUAUAAAUAAAAAUAAGUUUACAAUCA